CACCCGUCAAUCCCGCGCGGAAGGCGGGGCGCGGCGCCCAGCGCUCCGCGCGUUGCCGGGGCAACGUGACGCCAUCGCCGCGCGCCGGUCGCGCCGACGUCACUGCGGCGCGCCCGCGGCGGCGGAGGGGGGGACAAGAUGGCGGCGCGCGGCGAGGACCGGGAGGGCCCCGAGGCCUCGGAGGGUCCCGAGACGCCUUCGCCGCCCCCGCCGGGCCCCGGCGGUGGCGUCAACGUGUUCGCCAACGACGGCAGCUUUCUGGAGCUCUUCAAGCGCAAGAUGGAGGCGGAGGAGCAGCAGCAGCGCGAGCGCGAGGCGGCGGCGGCGGCGGCGGCCGGCGAUGGCGGCGGCGGCACCACCGGGAGCGGCGGGCCCGGCGCGCAGCGAGGGGGGGACGGGGCGAAGAGGAGCGGCGGAGCGCUCGGCUUUGUGGGGCGGCGGAGGGGGGGCAACAAACUGGCCCUGAAAACGGGAGUGGUGGCCAAGAAACAGAAGACUGAUGAGGAGGUGGGUCCUGGGGUCGGUCUGG